AUGAUCGGAGGCGCUGGUAGUGGUCAUCACCGCGUGUCUCCAGAGGUGACACUGAAAAACCCGAAUCCGGAUGCCACACUGACGGCUAAAAUCCCGACCAACGUCGGAAUCAGCAAGAAAGUGCCCUCGUCGAAUUCAGUGAACGGUCCAGUGCGCAGGUUCCCGUUCGUCAAAGCUCAAACGCCAGCCCAGGCAGCCCAGUCUGAGGCCCGUAAGCGCGUUGUAUUGGGAUUGCUGGAUUCCAAGUGGUUCACCGUUACGAUGCUCGUUGUGACGGUGUAUGCACUUUUCGGAGACGACAUUCGACUGUCGCUCUUCUCGCAGUCAGCAGACAACGGCUUUUUCACACUGGCCACCAUUUGUCUUGUGCUGUUCUCCUUUGAGUUCAUUGCCUCAUGUUACGCCAAACCGGGCUAUGUACUGAGUUUUUACUUUUUACUGGACCUCAUCGCCACGUUCUCCGUUCUGCCAGAUAUCGGGUGGAUUUGGAACCAAAUUAUCGGCACCAACAGCAGUUCGUCAGCUAUCAAGGCCAGUAAAGCAACCAGGGCUGGUAGCAAAGCUGGUCGAAUCGUGCGUGUCGUGCGAGCUGUUCGCCUCUUUCGAGUGGUUAAGAUUCUGAAGUGGAAAAACAGUUCCAAAGAGCCCACUGAACAGCUACAGGAGAGCAAAGUUGGGAGUAAAAUGGGCGAAGUGACGGUGCAGCGUGUGGUGAUUCUGGUGCUCUUCCUCAUUAUGCUUCUACCGGUGUUCGAUGGAGGCUAUACCCAGGUGGAAUAUCGUUACCAAGACUAUGGUCUACGCAUCAUUCACAUGCUCGUGUCUUCGGGUAUGACCAAGGGCAGCGUUGCCAACUCCACAGAAUACGAACGCCUUCUCUUUGGCUACGUUCGAGACGCUGGAAUGUUAAUCUACAUCCAAAUGACCAACGUCACCACCGACGUGCUCAUGGCGGAUAUUGCAGGUUUACGUUUCCAGGAUUCACCAGGCUCUCAACACAAUCUAACCGUGAACCCGUCGAAUGACUGGUCGGCAUCUAACUUGCUAGCCACCUACUCUGACGUGACCGAUAAAUACCGAGAUGUCGAGGUUAACAUCGUGAAAACCUAUGGCUGUUUCAACAAAGACUUCAUCGUGAUCGACUCGGCAGAUACUUCCAGUGCUUGUGUGAGUAUCGCCAUCUUCGACACUGCAUCGUCGAGUUCCUCCUCUGCAGCCUACAACAUCCUCAAGACGUUCUUCAUUAUCCUCGUGCUGGUCGCUGCGUCGACGUCUUUCAUUCGAACGGCACGUAUCCUUGUGCUUGACCCCAUUGAACGUAUGAUGGACGUGGUGAAAAAGCUGGCAGAUAAUCCUCUUGCAAGUGUUCAAACAUCGAGUAACGAUGCUCAGAUCCGCAAAAAUGCCAAGGAGGAAGGCUUCGAGACUGCGUUGCUAGAACUCACAUUGUCAAAAGUUGGCCGUCUUAUGCAGGUGGGAUUUGGCGCUGCUGGUGCAGAUAUCAUUGGUAAGAACAUGGGCUCCGGUGAUUUAGAUCCCAUGCUGCCUGGUAAGAAAAUCACUGCUAUCUACGGGUUCUGCGAUAUCCGUCAGUUCACAGAUACAACAGAAUGUCUGCAAGAAGAGGUCAUGGUGUAUGUGAACAAACUCGGCGAUAUCAUGCACACCGGCACUCACCACUACUACGGAAUGGCGAACAAGAAUGUCGGUGAUGCCUUUUUAUUGUCCUGGAAAAUCUGUGACGGUGAGUUGGCUUGCUUCUCGCGGUUUACGGAUACCCCGACCGAAGAAGACCGUAUCCAGGUGAACCAGUCGAUUACUUGUCCUCCGAACGCCGGUGCAGGCACCAAGCUACGUCGUAUUACACCUACGGAGAUGGCGGACAGUGCACUUACCGCGUUUAUCAAGUGCAUGAUCGACUUGGACAAUGCCAACACGGAUGGGCCACUGACCGAGUAUCUUACCAAAGACGCUGUGGUCAAACGCUUCGGACCUGCAUUCCGCAUUAAAAUGGGCUUCGGUAUGCACGUAGGUUGGGCUGUCGAAGGUGCCAUCGGUUCACGGUUCAAAAUCGACGCCACGUAUAUUUCUCCACACGUCGAAAUGGCUGAUCGAUUGGAGGCAGGAUCCAAGAUGUUCAUGACGCCAAUCAACAUUUCUCACUGGCUUGCAGCACUGAUAUCGCCUGCAGCUCGUCGGUUCUUACGUAAAAUGGAUCGGAUGAGCAUCCGUGGUGUUGAUACGCCUCUAACAGUGUACACGUUCGACGUCACGGUCAUGAAAAUUGGAUUUGGCACACCUAUAAUCGACCCAGCAACGGGACUUCAAACUCCUGUGGACUUCGAGAAUGAUCCCGAAUAUCUGGAAAUCCGCGAAGGUCUUGAACCUGCUUUUCUUGAAGCUGCUGGCAGCGCAGUCGAGGCGUAUCUAAGUGGAGACUGGCCGAAAGCACGACACUAUUUAACGCACGCUCAGCAAAUUCGACCACAGGACGGACCUUGCAAACAUCUUAUGGGGGUGCUCAAAGGAAACAACUUUGAAGCACCGAGAGACUGGAAAGGAUAUCGCUAUGUUGCAGGGUAUUAA